CCCUAAAUAGUAUGCUAUUUAAAUAGAAAAAUCACAUAAAGGCUUCUCUCAACCAUAUUUCAGAAAUGGAUGUGACUAAAUCAGGAGUAAUUAUAAUUGAUCCCUCAACAUUUCUCAAAAAGAAAGUAGUGCAUUCAACUAAUAAUCCUCCAAAUGGCACGUACAAGUCAACUCCUUCGGAAAAAGAAAAAGAAAAAAGUGUUCCACAUGUUCCAAGACCUGUGAAAUCUUUGGAGGACCCCAUACAGAAGCCAACAAAACUGUAUUUUCCUUCACUGAGCAUUAAACAAAAUAGGAAAAUACAGGAAAUAAGGGACAACCAUAGAAAACGAAAUCAACUGCAGAAUAAUCAAACAUCACUAAACCAAAAUAAGCAAACUGAAAAACCACUAGUUCAAUUUGCCCCAGUUUGUCCGGAAAACACACCACUCACAACGUAUAUUGAAUUCAUAAAUGAAGCCUUAUUUGACGACGAGCAAUUGGCGAAAAAUCAAGAUAUACCAGCGUACUAUUCUGGCGGUGAAGUAUUAGAGCUUGAGGAGCAAACACUUGAACAUGUGCUAGAAAACCCACAAAAUAACAGUAGUGCAACAUUCACCACAAACGGUGUGCAAACUGAGGAACCAUCGGAAGAUCGAAUUAAUUGUGGAUUCGUUAAUGUUUCAAAAACUGGCGAUGACAAAUAUUUUAAUCUUCGUUGUUUUUAUUGCGAUGCGGAAUUCCCUAUAUCAUUUUGGUCCGAAUUUUCAGAUCAUGUUAUCGAUACUCAUGGUGACCUGGAAAAAGUAUUUACCGAAAACGACGUGAAAUCUGUAAGCGAUGUCGAGUCUCUCAACGAUGAAACUGAUAUUUUCAAUGAGCAUUUUUCUAAUGAUGAUGUUGAAGUGCAUGACACUUCGGGAAAAAAACUGUUUGUCAAUUUAAUUGAUAAAGAUCGUUUAAAUUGUCUGACUAUAAAACCUGAAGUUAAAGAACUAUUACCAGAACACUUCGACCAUGGUAAUGGUUAUGAUAGUUUCUCUGAUGAGGAACCUUAUUAUAUGUCUGCAGAAAAUUACGAAGUCUGCUUAGAACACUGUUACGGCAGAAUUAGGGAUAAGAAUAAAUGUAAUACGAAACCUGGGGAAACAAUAGAUCAGAUAAGCUUCGAAAAUACCUCCCGUGAAAUUGUAAUGGAUUUCUUGGAACAUUUAAAAGGAUUUCCCAAUUUAUGGCAAAGCAACAGCGAUUUGAAUAUCAAAAGAUAUAAGAAUGAGCUAAAAGAUUUGUUGGCAAUAAUGACGGAAAAGUGGAGUCUUAAUUUAAAAAAGAGUGUUUUGUGUAAAAAUGUUGAAAAUAUUAAAGCUUGGUUCAUUGGUAUGACUGAAGCGAAAGGAGGACGUUCAAAUAUGAAAUUCACAGAGAAAUACAUCGACUAUUAUACCAAAUGUGCAGAAUAUAUGUCUUGCGACGGCGACGUAAAAAAAACAAAGGUGUACUGUGAUAUAUGUAAACAGUUUUGUUAUGAUGCAGUUGGAUUGCAAAUUCAUAAACAUCGUAGGCACAACAUGGGUCAACUACCAUACGCUUGCAAUAAGUGUGAUAAGCGAUUCGAUUAUAUACAUAAAUUACGUAAGCAUUUACAAAGAAAGCAUGUGGUACCUGGAUACCUGCUUGAGACUGAGGCCGUUUGCGCCGAAUGUGACCAAAAAUUUACAGAUUCACGUGAAUAUGUCAAGCAUUUGGAAAUCCAUCCGAAGGGCAAUUGCCAUUUUGCUUGCGAUGUAUGUGGGUUUCGUACUAGAACUGCGGGCAUUUUGAGACACCACAAACAGCGUCAUCAAGAACGUGUAAAAAACGUAGAAAAAAUUUAUGAAUGCGAUGAAUGUCCAUUUCGUUGUACCACCAGUAGCCUGUUAAGGCAGCACAAAAGACGCCAUCGAGAGCCUACUUAUCAAUGUGAACUUUGUCCAAAACGAUUUCACUUUUCAACCCUUUUAAAAACGCAUAUGUCCAUUCAUAACGGUAGAUAUGACUAUGUUUGUGAAACAUGUGGGAAACUUUUCGUAAGGAAAACAUAUUUAAUGGAUCAUGUGAAGCAUAUGCAUAUGGGUUAUGGUCAUUGUAAAAUUUGCAAUCGAGUUUACGGCAAGCAAUGCAUAUUUCAAAAACAUUUACGCACACAGCAUCGACCGUUAAUUGGUACAAUUGAAGAUCUGACACGCCGAACUUUGGUUAACUCAGAAGGACAAAAUAUAGGCUUGUCAAGUGGUCCACGCUUAAAAUGCAGAAAGUACACAUAUGUUAUAGAUCCUGUUACGAAAAGGCGUACACUAAAAUGCCCUAAAUGUGAUAAAUGUUACAAUCAAUAUGAUUCUUUGUACGCACAUUAUAAAAAGGUCCAUGGUGAUACAGUACCUGGUUACACCAGGCGGUUAACUGGAAAUCAAAAGUUAAUAAAAAAUCAUAAGAAAACUUCUGUGAGAUCUGUUAGUGUUGCGCUGGCUGAUCCAAAUGUAGCAGAAGCAGCAGCUGCUGUUAACACAAUUCUCGAGAGUACCAACAUAAAAGAUGAUAGUCCAAUAAGUCAAAAUAACAGAAUAAGUAAUUUUAAUGAAAUUGAUACUACUGAUAGCAAAACGACAAUGGAAAGUGACAUUAAAGAGUUCCAGGAUGUAACACCAAUAUCGUCUUUUGAAAAAUUUGUUAAUAAAAUGCAUAUAAUUAACGAUUUUGCUCCCGAUACCGCCAAUCAACCUGAAACUACUGAAAAAAGGAAUCCAGAGGCAACUAUAAAAGUCGAAAAUUGUCUAAUGGAUUUUGAGUAUUUAUUAAAUAACAGUUCGGCCAUAAACUUUUCAUAAAAGUUUGUAAAUAAUUUAAUGUUUAAAAUAAGAUUACUUGGUACGUUUUGUAAAUGUAUGGGUAAAUAAUAAUUUAAGUAAAGUUAA